GCAGAUUUUAAAAAGUGAGGGAGGCAGGCAGCUGGAGUUUGGACGCAGAGCCUCAGCGCUCAAAACAAAACUGUUCAGACCGGGAGCGAGCGGCUACAGUAACAAACCGAGGGCACCUCCCCCCCCUCCCUCCCCCCUCUUCCUCUUCAACUAUUUUUAUUUCAGCUCUUCCACAAUAACAGCACAGAUACAGUGUUUGCGUCCUGUUUGGAGCGUGUGGAGCAGCGCGCAGCGAUGGAGCUGUCAUCAAUGGGAGACCAAGUGUUUGCAGUUGAGUCAAUAACAAAGAAGAGAGUGAGAAAGGGUAAUGUGGAGUAUCUACUGAAAUGGCAGGGAUGGCCCCCAAAGUACAGUACUUGGGAACCAGAGGACAAUAUUUUGGACCCGCGCCUGGUCCUGGCCUACGAAGAGAAUCAGGAGAAGAUCAGAGCUCUGGCCUAUCGAAGGAAAGGUCUCAGACCCAGGAGGCUCGUCCUGCGGAACAUCUUCGCCAUGGACCUCCGCAGUGCCCACAAGGAGAAGCCGCCACCUCGCCUGCGUCUCUCCCUCACCCGCGCCAUGAGCACAGAUGUGGACCAGGGCGAGCGGGGUGGCAUAUACCGCCGGUCAGCCUGGAGGAAGAGCAAGCAGAGGGCAUCCAAACGGGGGCCAGAAGGACCCUCGCACAAAACCCUCCGUCCACUGAGGAAGAUGGAGGAGCCCAUGGUGGAGGACUGGGGCGUCACCAGCGAAGAAGAGAAGCCAGAGUCGGAAAGCACCACGGAGGAGAGAUGUGAAGACAGUUUAUAUGGUCAGUCAGAGUGCAGCUCCCCGCCCCUGCUGGAGCGACAGGACUUGAUGGAGAUGGAGGUGGAGGAGAACGUGGGCGCCGACCUUACAGCGGUAGGUACAGAAACUUGGACCAACAGACUGGGAGGGACAUCAGAAACAAGACAGAACCAGACUUUUGCGUGCAACCAAUCAGAGGACAGCACCUCGAUGCCUGAGGCUGGACCAGGAGAUGCGGUUACCGUGGGUGACGGGUCAGAUUGGGACAGAUUGGGUGAGGAGGGCACUGAGUCGGAGUGUCUCACAUUAGAGAGCAGCGUUUGUCAGAGAAACAACACAACCUCAGUAAUAGUGAGCGUUCAGGAGUGCAGCGAGAUGACAGGUGAUGACGCAUUCACCGCUGUCACUGACUGCUCCGCUGCUGAGGAGAGGAAGGAGGAAGUGAAAGGUAACAAUCAGAGCGUUACCAUGGCGACACCAGGCAGUCAGACUGCCGCAGCAGAGCAUCCUGGAAAGGUGAUUGUAACAAAUGUGACUAUCAACUCUUUGACCGUGACUUUCAAAGAAGCCACGGUGGCUGAAGGCUUCUUUAGGAGCUAUUGAAUUAUGACAAAGAGAGAUGGAGGGAGAUCAAAACAACCAUAAGUAGACUUGCCAUUCAUUUUGUACAUGUAAAUAGUCGUAUGUGUAAGAUAAUUCCACAUGUUUACAAAGCUACACUCAUUUCCUACUGAGUUCAAUAAAGACAUUAUUGCCUUUGAAUAAAAAAAAAAAAAAAAUGAGUGGUAAUUUUUAUCAUUGUGUUUAUUAGUCAUGAUAGGAAGCCUGAGGCCCCCAAAAAUGUGCUCAAAUCAACCAGUGCAGUCCAGGAGACUAAAUGGAUCUCAGCGGCGGGUUUCAUUCCCGGGGCCGCUGGGUUAACUGAGAGCAGGAGACAGAUGGCGAAACAGCAGUCUAGAACGUUACAGUCCACAUUACUACUUCCAUGCACUUACUUUUUCCAGCCGUCCUCAGUGCUUUCCAGCCAGACAUCGGUCUCACACUCAGAUCUGUUCUCGGGGGCCUGUUUCAGUCGCUCCUCUUUCUUACGAAUAAUGUUUUGUAAAGAUAUUGUUCUUUUUUUCAGUAUUCUCACAGAGCUAUAACCGCAUGCCCUGUCAGUCUGUGCCACACAUACACAAAGCCCUGUCCUGUGGUUUGUUGAAGAGGUUUAUUUCUGUCACAAAAGAAGUAAAACAAAGAGAGUGAGUUAAUGCCUGUCGCUUAGAUGCAGUUCUGCAUUUCAAGGAGUAUGCACAAAAAGAAGUACACAGUUGUGUUUGCCGUCUGUCUGUCCUUUUACUUUUCAAGUAUGAAAUGCUACCUGGUUCUAUUUUUGUAUUACCAAUUGAUAGUCCACUCUUUUCACUAGCCUUUGUGCAUUUCAAAAGAGGUGAUAUCAGUUUACACUGCCGCUGUUACGCUGUGUAGGGUAAUGUGCAAAUCGAAGCAAAUGUACGUUAGGUCAGACCGUAGUGAGCUAUUAUUUAUUGCAUGUCACAUGUACAAGCUAAACUAACUUAUGUCACUUAAUGCGUCAGAAUCUGUCUUUCUCUGACAAACAUGAACUGUCAAACAUGUCUUCUCUUUUUUAUUUUGAUUGAAUUUACAAUAAAUAUGUACAAAAACA